AUGGCUCUAUCACCAGAGGAGGUCGCGCACCUUCACCGACAAGCGAAGCGCCGAGCCGAGCGAGCCGCCGCCGAGAUGUCGUUCCGCGACGUCAGUUCGGAAGAAUACCUCAAGAAGCUUCGGGCCAAGAGACGCCCAGGGAGGCGCUUCGAGGUGCAGGACAUACCCGCCGCGGUCGAGAUCGGCGAAGAACCGCUGCCACCAUCGCAACCCCAGUUCAGGCGUCCCAUGGGCCCUGAACGGCAACGGACGCACACCCGCACGCAAUCCGCCGGUGCCGCGACGACACCAGGGCCACAGCAACGUACGGCGUCAACGCCCGUCGGUCGCAAGGCCACGCUCGGGGGUCCCAUAGCCAGGAACACGUCGGCGAUGCCUCAUGUGCCGUCUCAGAGGUACUCGAGUCAGCAUUCGUCAAGCCAACCGGAUCUUCUCAUGCGAGCCAUGCAGCGGCAAUCGGCCUCGACACCAGGUCCGACCGUGAUCUCCAAGACACCAAGGGCAUCAUCAAAACCGCAGCCUCCGCGGCCUCGAUCAAGCCUGAGCAUCUUCUAUUCUCGAAAGUCGGUCCGCCGAGUGGCAUCCGUUGCCUCGCUGCCCUCCAAGGCGGUCGAUCAAGACAAGAGCUCCACGCAUCGUCAGGCCGGCCACAUCCGCAGCAAAUCCGUCCAUGUCACGGCCGUCCCGUCGGAGACCCUAGCGCGGCCCGGCACCCUUUCGAAACGAGGCUCGCUCCGGAUGCUCAAAGACAAGAUUAGGAGGGUUGCCAGCUCUUUCGAACUGCGAUCCGCGAGGAGCGAGGACACGAGACUCGACGGCGACGACGGCCUGAAAAGCCGCUCCAGUAGAAGCCUUCUCUUACGACCGUCACGCAAGCUCGGCUCCCAGCCACGCCUGGGCACUGUUGGCGAGGAGUGA